GGGACCUGCUCCGCCGCUGACGCGCCCUCCUCCGGGACACUGAGGCCCGGACAGCUGGGCCGGGAGGCGGGCCGGGCGGCGCCGCCCACUCUUCCGGCCCUCUCUCGGAGCGCGGCCGGGGUUGAGCCGCGAGCGGCCGCGCCCAGACGCUUGGGCCUCCGCGACUAUUUGUUCCCCCACCGGAGGUGAGGAAGAUUUGAGUUUGCAGUCUUCACCUGGGAACAGCUUUGUGUUUUAGCUUUCCCCAGGCGGCUUAGACAGAGUAGUGCACGGCAUAUCUUUUAAUUAAAGCAUGGAAUACGGAAAACAAAAAACUUCAGCUAGUGUUUUAGUCUCAUCUGAAAUUCUACAGGUUACCACAGAGCACUGAGUAGAGUUCCCUGUGCUUUACAGCAUGUAUCUUAUAAGUAGUAUAUGGCAGAGUUUUAAGCCAAUCUGAGAGUCUGUUUUUCAGUAGACAGUACACAAAUAGUGUGGAAAAUCCAAAUGAUAAAAGAAAGAGAGAAAGAAAUCUUCCAGGAAGUCCAUAGAGUUGAAACCAUUGACAUAUUGGGACACAUCCUUCCAGACAUCUUGCUCUGCAUGUGUGGCUGUGUGGAUUCUGGAGAUUUGUCUUUUCAUCUUCCAAAAGGAAUCAUACUACAUACGCAGUUUUGCUACUGCAUUUUUCACUAAAAAUUUCAAGCACUAUUUUUGACUACUACUUGCUACUGAAUGUUCAGUUGAUGAAAUUGAAGGUCUUUCACUCAGAAGAAAUAAAUCAAGAAGAACCCGAGGCUCGCGUGCUCCUGAGUCGCUGUGAAUGGCCCCAGCGCUCCUGACCACUCUUCCGGGUAGGAUGUCGCUGAGAUCCCUGAAAUGGAGCCUCCUGCUGCUGUCACUCCUGAGCUUCCUGGUGAUGUGGUACCUCAGUCUUCCCCACUACAAUGUGAUAGAACGCGUGAAUUGGAUGUACUUCUAUGAGUAUGAGCCCAUUUACAGACAAGACUUCCACUUCACACUUCGAGAGCAUUCGAACUGCUCUCAUCAAAACCCAUUUCUGGUCAUCCUGGUGACCUCACACCCCUCAGAUGUGAAAGCCAGACAGGCCAUUAGAGUUACUUGGGGUGAAAAGAAGUCUUGGUGGGGAUAUGAGGUUCUUACAUUUUUCUUAUUAGGCCAGCAGGCUGAAAGGGAAGACAAAAUGUUAACAUUAUCCCUAGAGGAUGAACACCUCCUUUAUGGCGACAUAAUAAGACAAGAUUUUUUAGACACGUACAAUAACCUGACCUUGAAAACGAUUAUGGCAUUUAGGUGGGUAACUGAGUUUUGCCCCAAUGCCAGGUACAUCAUGAAGACAGACACUGAUGUCUUCAUCAAUACUGGCAAUUUAGUGAAGUAUCUUUUAAAUUUAAACCACUCAGAGAAGUUUUUCACAGGUUAUCCUCUAAUUGAUAAUUAUUCCUAUAGAGGAUUUUACCAAAAAACCCAUAUUUCAUACCAGGAGUAUCCCUUCAAGGUGUUUCCUCCCUACUGCAGUGGGUUGGGUUAUAUAAUGUCCAGAGAUUUGGUGCCAAGAAUCUAUGAAAUGAUGAGUCACGUAAAACCCAUCAAGUUUGAAGAUGUUUAUGUUGGGAUCUGUUUGAAUUUAUUAAAAGUGGACAUUCAUAUUCCAGAAGACACCAACCUUUUCUUUUUAUAUAGGAUCCAUUUGGAUGUCUGUCAACUCAGACGCGUGAUUGCAGCCCAUGGCUUUUCUUCCAAGGAAAUUAUCACAUUUUGGCAGGUUAUGCUAAGGAACACCACAUGCCAUUAUUAAUUUGACAUUCUACCCAAGGCCUAGAGAAGGGAGGGAUACUUUGUGGAAAACGUUAAAGUUAGACUGUGAAAUCUCCAGUGGAAAACUCAUGGGAAGGUCACUGUGUGGCUUACACGGAACUGAAACUCAUGAAGAGGCUAUAGGCUGGAGACUGGAGGGUUGUACUUGACCUGUGGUUUAUUUUGACAACAAUGAAGUCAGGCCUUUUAAAGAUGAUAUUCAGAGGAAUUAAACAUCUUAUAAAGGUAUGGGAGGUUUUUGUUAAUAAAACACAUAGGACCAAACAAUUUGAACGUGUUGUUCUAUAGAUUAAAACUUCUUAAAUGGGUUUCAUUGAAUUAUGAGCUCAUCUGUCCAUAACAACAAAGCAGUGUGGAGUAUUAUUCAUUGAACAGUCUAGUCAGUUCAGGGUUUUGUGUAUAUCUUACAUGGAUUACAGUUUUUUAAAAUAUAUAGUUGUGUGUAAAACAAGUGAAGUUAUGCUGAACAAAAUUUCAUCUCUUUUUGGUCAUUUGAAAGAUACUUCAGGAUGUUGCAGUAUUUCAGUUAUCAAUUAUUAUUUAAUGGAGUAAUGUAGAGCGCCAGGCAGCAUGUUUCCUUUUGGAAAGGUCUCUGAAGCCAAAAAGAAAAGAGAGAACGUGAUGGCCAGAAUAUCAUGAAAGGAGUGGCAUAUUUCAGUGCUUGAGCUGGAAAGAGAAGACUAAAGAUUCAAGUUGCAUUGUUAACUGCUCCGUGUUUUUUUUAAAUUAACGAUCAGUUUGAGAAUAAAAAGGAAGAAAAAAACCACUGCUGCUAUUGUUAUUAAUUUCACAUCAAGAGGAAAGCCCCACUAUGUGGUCUAAAAUCAAGUCUGAUUUCCAUGUCAUGGAGAAGCACGUUAUUUCAUAGGAGUGGUGAUGUAGGUCAGCUUUGACCUGCUAGUUGGUCCAAGAGAAGCACUCCUUGCCCCCAUGUUCUUGGGAUUGUGCAACUUCCCAUUAUGCCUGAUACGGGACAAGUGAUUUCCUUUUUUCUGGAUUACAUGAUGGUGAAAGAUCAAAUCUGUUGGCAGAAAAUAUGAACUUGAAAAUAUAUAGUCAGCUCUUGUAAUACUCAUAUAUUUAUAAUUCUCCUAUAAGAAAAGCUUAAUUUCAAUUAGAAACAUUAUAAUGUUUGAUUCUUGAUAACAAGGCUGUUUCCAUUUCCCUCCUCUCAGACCUGAUCCAGUUACAAUAAAAUCAAUUAAAUGAAA